AUGACAGAGAAAAUGCUGGAUGUUUAUGAUUUACUCAGCUUUGAUAACCCUGAUGGUGGAGUAUGGAAACAAGGCUUUGAUAUCUCUUAUCAGGACAAUGAAUGGGACAAUGAGCCACUCCAAGUCUUUGUUGUGCCCCAUUCACAUAAUGACCCUGGCUGGCUGAAGACAUUCGAUGACUACUAUAGAGACCAGACGCAACACAUUCUCAACAACAUGGUGGUGAAAUUACAUGAAGACAGUCGGCGAAAAAUGAUCUGGUCUGAGAUCUCGUAUUUUUCCAAAUGGUGGGACAACAUCGAUGAGCAGAAACGAGAUGCUGUCAGGAGGCUGAUAGAGAGCGGUCAGCUCGAAGUGGCUACAGGAGGCUGGGUGAUGCCUGACGAAGCCAGCACUCACUACUCUGCAUUGAUAGAUCAGUUAGUUGAAGGUCACCAGUGGUUGGAGAGAAAUUUGGGAGUGAAACCCAAGACUGGCUGGGCUGUGGAUCCAUUCGGUCACACUCCUACCCAGGCUUACCUGCUGAGACAAGCCGGUCUAUCUAACAUGCUGAUCCAGAGAGUACACUACACAGUGAAGAAACACUUCGCCUCUCAGAAGACCCUGGAGUUCUUCUGGAGACAGAACUGGGAUCAGGACUCAAGUUCAGAUAUUUUGUGUCACAUGAUGCCAUUCUACAGCUACGAUGUUCCCCAUACAUGUGGUCCUGACCCAAAAAUCUGCUGCCAGUAUGACUUUAAAAGGCUGCCGGGAGGAAGAAUCAGCUGUCCAUGGAGAAUUCCUCCUCAGGCUAUCACAGAUAACAACGUACAGGAGAGAGCUCAGACGCUACUGGACCAGUACAGGAAGAAAUCCAAACUUUUUCGGACCAAUGUGCUGCUGGUACCACUUGGAGAUGAUUUCCGCUACACUGAAGCUGUUGAAUGGGACCAACAGUUUGAUAACUACCAGAAACUCUUUGACUACAUGAAUUCUCACCCUGAGCUUCAUGUCCAGGCCCAAUUUGGAACUAUUUCAGAUUAUUUCGAGGCCUUGCGUAAAAGCACUGGCAUGGAUCCGGUUGGCAUUAAUGUGGGCCAGUUGGCUUUGCCUGUGCUAAGUGGAGACUUUUUCACUUACGCGGAUCGAGACGAUCACUACUGGAGCGGAUACUUCACCUCACGGCCGUUCUACAAACGCCUGGACAGAGUGCUGGAAUCACACCUCAGGGCAGCUGAGGUCCUCUACUCUCUGACCUUGGCCAACAUUCAGAAGUACGGCCAGCCCAAUGAUUACCCUUCAGUGGAUAAUUACAAGUUACUGACAGAAGCCAGACGCAAUCUAGGUCUCUUCCAACAUCAUGAUGCCAUCACGGGCACGGGCAAAGACUGGGUGGUUGUGGACUAUGGAACCAGGUUGUUUCACUCUAUUCUGAAUGUGAAGCGAGUGAUUGUGAGCUCAGCUCACUGGUUGGUGCUCAAAGACAAACAAACAUACUUCCAUGAUCCUUCAAAUCCCUUUCUUCAGAUGGAUGAUGUUCAGCCAUCCCAAGAUGCAUUACCUCGCAAAAUAAUUUUUGAAGUUCAUGAAAAACCAAGGUUGUUGGUGGUUUACAACCCCACAGAGCAAGCCAGGAUGUCCAUGGUUACAGUAUAUGUGACGACUCCUAAAGUGCGCGUGCUGAAUGCUCUGGGUCAUGUGGUCCGUGCUCAAGUCAGCGCAGUGUGGAAUGAUGCCAGUCAUGCUGCUGCCGACGUCUUCCAGUUGUCGUUUGUGGCUCAAGCUGCUCCUCUGGGACUGAGCGUGUACCAGCUGAUGGAAGGAAUGGAGCCAAGGACAGAAGCUGCUAAGUACAUGUUUCUUCAGGAUGGCAGGCAGAUUUCAGUCAGUGAACUGGAGCAUUUCCGACAGUUCUACCAACAAGAUGCGGCUCCUGUGCACAUUGAAAAUCCUCACCUGAAACUCUCCAUCUCUACAGCUACAGGACUUUUAGAGAAAAUGAGGUUGAAGGAGGAUGACUCUGAGGACCUGGUCAAGGUGGAGUUUGUUUUGUAUGGCACCACCAGCAAUAAAGACAAGAGCGGCGCCUACCUGUUCCUGCCUGACAAAGAAGCAACACUUGGGCUGUUUUUACAGGUGCAGCCCAGGAAAACCAUGGCUAAGCUCCCCCUGCAGGCAAACUUCUACCCCAUGACCAGCAUGGUCUACCUGCAGGACUCCAGCGGCAGACUCUCUCUGCUCACCGCACAGUCACUCGGAGCGGCCAGCCUCAAGAGCGGUCAGCUGGAGGUGAUUAUGGACCGCAGGCUCAAUCAGGAUGAUAAUCGAGGUUUAGGUCAGGGAGUGCUGGACAAUAAGAUCACUGCCAACUCCUUCCGCCUACUGCUGGAGAAGAGGAGCUCUGCGGAUGAGGCCCAGAAUGAGGAGACUGCACCAUAUAGCUAUCCGUCUAUAUUGAGUCACAUGUCGUACAUGUACCUGAACCAUCCCCUCAUCUCAAUGGCAGUCAAUCAGCGCUCGGACAACCCAUCCUUGACUCCCUACAGCCCUCUGAGCGCCUCCUUCCCCUGCGACAUGCAUCUGGUUAACCUGCGUGCUAUCCAGUCAAAGGAGGAAGGGGGAGGUCCAUCCGAGCAAGCUGCUUUGAUACUGCACAGAAAAGGCUUUGACUGUGGCUUCUCCAAUCGGAACACUGGCCUACUGUGUACCACCACACGUGGCAAGAUUCAUUUAGAGAAGCUCCUGACAGAUUUGAAGGUGAAAAGCAUCACACCUGUAUCGCUGUCUCUGAUGCACACACACAAUAGUGAUGCCGACCCCCAGGAGAUCAGCCUUAAACCCAUGGAAAUCAGGACUUACCGCCUGCAGCUGAGCUGA